AUGAUAACACCUAUUUAUUUAUGUCGUGGGGCAUUUUCACAUUAUCGACGAUACAUAUCUCAAUCAACUCAUGACCCUUUGAAAAUUGCAUUUUUUGGUAGUGAUAAUUUUAGCGUGGCCAGUUUAAAUAAGCUCAUUCAAUAUCAAAAGAAAAACCCAGACAAGGUCGAUAGCGUUCAUGUCAUCACAAGAAGCCUUAAGCCACAAGGAAGAUAUAUGAAAACAGUGCAGGAUCUUCCAGUUGGCAAAUUUUCUAGUCAACAGGGUCUAUCCAUAAUGAGAGCGGAUACUUCUCAGGAAAUAAGACAGCUUUCAGAACAAUAUCUUUUCAAUCUUGUGAUCGCUGUAUCAUAUGGUAGACUCAUUCCUUCAACAUUCAUACAACAUUGCAAGUAUGGUGGACUUAAUGUUCACCCGUCACUUCUACCGAAAUAUUGUGGCUCGUCACCAUUGCAGUAUGCCCUAUUGAAUGAUGAUAAAUUUACUGGAUGUACCGUUCAAACAUUACAUCCUACAAAAUUCGAUCAUGGUGAUAUUAUAAUACAAUCUUCAGAAAUACCUAUACUGGAUGAUGACAAUUCUGUUUCAUUAUUCAAAAAAUUUGGCGAGAUUGGAGGUGAUCUUUUAGUUAAAUCAAUAGACCAGGGCUUGUUUGUCAACCCGACCCCAAUAGAAAACAAUUAUACACGUUCAAUGGCUCCUAAAAUCCCUAAAGCCAAACUGCAAGUUUUUUGGAACAAAUAUCUGGCUCGAGAAAUCAAGAGACUAUACGAUGCAUUAGGGCCGAUCUUUACGUUUCUAAACGUUAAUGUAAUCAGAAAAAGAAAACAAAUAUGUGAAAAGCAACGGGUGAUAUUAUCUUGCGUCAAAGAGUAUCAGUUAACAGACUCAUUUGAACAAUUGAAAGAACCAGGAGAUUUUCUGUUGGUAGAAGAAGGACUUCUUGUUAAAGCCAAAAAAGGUGGGGUUUUAGUUGAGAGAAUAAAAAUGCAAGCCCAAGAAGAGGAAAGCCCAGAAAAAUUUAUAGGCACAUAUUCCAAAAAAGUGGGACCAGACAUGCCCAAACAUUUCAUAAAUUGA